AUGAGCUCCAAAGAGCAGGUCGAGCCCCUCCCAGCCAGCGGCAAGGCAGCACACGACAGCCAUCGUCGCGGUCCUUCCUCCGCAGCGGUGAUCCAUAUCGAUCGGGCGCAUCACAGUGCGACAGACGAAUUCCGAGAGGAGGAUGACGAGGCGGAACGAGAACGGGAAUAUGCAGAUCUUUAUGCGUUGCAGCGGUCACGGCGACAUUUUGGUGAUAGCCACCUGCGAGAAUCGUCCGAGAACGACGAGGACUCGGCUCAGUCUGCGGAACUCGACGAGGGCCAAUCUCGGUAUGUCGAGCGCCCUGGAAACGGGAAAGGGAUCCGGAGUUCCUGGCGUGGAGAGAAGAGUAUACCUGCACCUCGACACUCUCGAAUCGGGACCGUCGAUGAGGCCGAGGAAGGAGAUAUACCCGCAGAGUACACCGCUAGACCUGGGAGCGGGAACAGUAGGGCGCGGGCUCAUUUAGUGGAGGUCGGUCUGAAUGAUUCUCUCCAAAGUGGCCUGGACGAUGCCGACCGGAUGCCAUCCGAGAUGGCCGGAAAUGAACCGCCGAUUCAACGAUUUCGAGAACGACCCUCUGCCACAAAUCAGGACUCGCUCUACGGAUCCGACGACCCAGGGAGUCCGAUAGAGCCGAACCAACCGUUCUUAUCAAACCCGGCAGCAGACUCGCGACGGCCCAGUUCUCAAAGCUCUGUCCCGGCUUCAUUAUCCCCGCUCACGUCCGAGACUAUCGUGCACGACGCAUUUUGGGGUCAACUGUUUAUCAUCGCGCUGGCCGGGCUAUUGGCGACGGCGUUUUUGGUCUGGCUGCACACGUCUACUCCGUCCAAGGGUGACAAGUCCAAAUGGGGAGAUACAAUCUACUUCACCGUGCAAGGGUCGUACUUUUUGCUGGGGAUCUACACUCUGGUCUCGGUGUUUGUUUCCUUGAUCUGGCUGGCUUUGCUGCGUUCUUACGUGCGGGCGUUGGUCUACAUUGUCGUGGUCGCCGUCCCUGUCAUCCUCUUUUCCUUUUCGCUAUACCCUUUCAUCUCGAGUUUCAAGGGCGCAUGGCACGGAGCCAGCCUUCAGGACAAGGUUAUGCGGUGGGGCUCCCUGGUUCCGUUUCUGUUGGCGAGUCUGUGGAUAUACAACGUCUUUCGAGGUCGUCAAUCAAUCGGCAAAGCCGUCGGCAUUCUCGAGUUCGCGUGUCGGAUCCUCGCUGCCAACCCGGAGCUUUUGGCUCUUGGGCUCAUCAUUCUGGCCUGCGUGGUCUCCUGGACGUGGAUCUGGAUGCUCAUGUUCACUCGGGUCUUCCUUGGCGGUCACCUGUCUGGGUCCAGAUCUUUCAUCAUCGAUCUGAGCAGUUGGUGGCUCGGGGCGUUCUUUGUGCUCAUCUACCUCUGGUCCAUCGGAGUCAUCGCCGGUGUCCAACGCGCUGUGACCGCCGCCACCGUCAGUCAAUGGUACUUUCACCGUCUCGCCAGCCCAGCACCGACCUCGCGACAGAUUGUUCAAGCUGCCGUUGUACACGCCACCACCACCCUCUUCGGAACCAUCAGUCUCUCGAGACUGCUUAGUCUCCUCAUCCGCCUUCCGCUCAUCCUCCUCCCUAGUCGACUUUCCUCCAUCAUCAGCCUCUUCGCCUACUCCUUUGUUCCAUCGCCCAUCGCAUUUCUCACCCAUCCUUUAUCGCUGACUUAUGCCGCAAUCCACUCGCAGCCGCUGGGCGCAUCUGCGCGCGGUCUCAGCCAAAUGACCCUGCUUGCCCCUUCCGCCGCUGCCUCGACGACCACAUCUCUCCACCCACGCGCCUACUCCCGGUCCCCAGGGUCCUCCUCCUCCCCCUCUCUAUUCUCCUACCGUCUGUCCAAACUCAUCCUCCAUGCCACCCGAUUCAUCAUGUCUCUCGCUCUUGGUUUCGGCGGAUGGGUCACCACUGCUCGAAGCUUGAACACGACCGGUACCAUCCGGGGAAGUCUGUACGCCUACGUCGUCGGUCUGAUUGCCGCGACCAUCGGCUGGAGUGUUCUCGGCGCAGUUGAAAGCGUGAUUGCCGAUAUCGUGGAUGCAGCGGUGAUCUGCUGGGCCAGCGAGGUGGGUGUUUACGGCCGGGAGGCUCGGUAUUGUCGAGAGGCCGGAUGGCUAUUUGGAGAUUCGAAUUCCGAGUUUCGUCGUGAGUAUGGCUAUGAACAUGCAGAGGUUUAA